AUGAGAAUUACCUCUCUCAUAUUGGGACAAGCUGCGCUGGCAGCAGCUGCAGCUUAUGAACCAGGUCUUUUUGAGCGUCAGCAAAGCAAUAGCUUCGCUGGCGUGAAUUCUUUCUUUCUGCACGCUUUUAAACAGGCAGAUAGACUUGAGGUUCUCGACGCAAUCCAGGCCGCAAACCUCAAAGUCUUGCGACUUUUCAUAUCUGAAACAUUUUCGAAUUUCAAGAACACGGGCUCGACUUACAUGCCUGACGUUGAGCCUCAGACAGUCGGGGUCUGGGAUGAUACACAACUGGAAGCUAUUGACCAGCUCAUGGUAGAAGCCCAUGAUCGAAACAUCAAAUUGACCAUUGCUCUACACGAUCGAUAUCAACUCGGCUGCUGGGGAAAUGAUGCCUACGUCGACAAGUACCAUCUUCCUGCAGUAGACUGCUCAACAGGCAAAGCCAGUGACAACAACGUCGAAUUCUGGUACUCAGACAAAAACUGUAUUUCGGACUUUGAGAACCGUAUCCGUCAUAUCCUCGAGCACCGCAAUACCCGUAUUACAGGUAGCCCUGCUUGGAAAGACCUCUCCAGUCACAUCUUCAGCUUCAACAUUCAGAACGAAGGUCAGGGCCAUUUGAAUGGCAAUAUCGCCCCUCAUCCUUCAUGGUGGUGCGACCGGGCCAAGUUCAUGCGAGGAGGCAACGAGUUUCCUAAUAGCGACAUCCCCGAGAACUGGGCGUGCGCGGCGCUGGACCUCGUCAAUAUUCAUUCGUACAGCGGCGUGGCUGAGUUCCGGAACAAAGGGCCUGCCGCGCUACAGCGAGCCCUUAACGCGAAUAAGCUCAUGCUGUUUGAGGAGUUCGGAGCUUCCGGCAGUGGAAAGGCCAACGAGAUCGCGCAGCACAUUGCUGUGUUCAAUGAUCUCCGUGUCCCAUGGCUGCCUUGGCAGAUUAGCAAACCGGGCAACGGCCAGGCUGAUUUUGAAUUCUGGACAAACGAAGAAGCAUAUGGUGUUGUGCGAGAUGGGUCUAACGCAGCUGCGGCACUGAAUGCUGCUCAAAGCUGGUCUGUCUAG